AUGAAACUCCGGGCAACGAAUGCUGUGAGAGCUUACUUCAACAGGAAUUGGACAAGAGAAGACCUCAUGAAUUUCGGAGAAAUUCCCGAGAUCGCUUACAGAGGCUUGAAGAGGGUGUAUCUUACUCUCUUAUGUGCCAUGCUGAGCUUUACUUUUGGAUACUACUUGCACUUGUUCUGGGAAGAGGUAGGGCCGUUCACAGUCCUUUCUUCUGUAGCAAGUUUACUCGGGCUUUACUUUACAUUACCAAUGACAAUGAGAGUGAAUCAAAGGGUCUCACUGUUGAUGAUUACUGCCUUUUUCUUCGGCACUUCUAUUGGGUUUUAUACCAAAUAUCUCUUCGUAGUCCAUCAAAACCUUGUUUUCAGCUUUUUGGCAGGUUCAAUAAUGGGCAUUGGAAUUCUCUGGUUUGGAUCCUUAUUAUCAAGGGAAAGGAGAGAAAUCUACAUGGCUUGCCUGGUUCAUUCUUAUGCUCUAAUGUACUCCAGCUUUAUGUUGAAUGCUUUAGAGGCCCUUGACAGCCACACAGCUCAUUGGGUGUUAGAGGUAACCACUGUGCAAGCAUUGUUCUUGGGGUACUUGGUGGUAUAUAGCCAAGAGAUGCUGUAUGAUGCUGGCUUUGGAGAAAUUAACUUUGUCGAUCGCACACUCACUGUCUUCUUCCAUUUACCGGCUAUAGUGGUCCAUGCCGCAAGACUAUACUGA